GAAAUCCUGAACACGUGAUCGCGCGAAAGGAACGCGCCGCUCAGAUACAGUCGAUACGCGCUAUACAACCUGUUCUGCUUGAUAUCAGCACGCGCACACUUCGCGAUGGUUGAGUGAAAGUGCUCGUACUCUGAUCUGUUGGGCAUAGUAAAAGGAGCAGAAUAGUAUCCGUCACCGAGCACGGCAGCCUUGUCUCUUCCUGCGACGACAAAGCAACCCGCCAAUGCCAACAACAUCCACCGACGACUCGCCAUGUCCGCACCCGUCGCCCGGCGCACAAGUCCACAAACUACCCCGGCAAUCGCUGUCGAGCUACUUGAAGACGAUAGACGCGGCGGAUAACAAGAUUUCCUCGAGGAUCGAGACGAUUGACACCAUCACGCGAGGCGGGCUUUCGCGCGGGAAAGUUACGGAGAUUGCUGGGCCACCUGGGAGUGGGAAGACUAGUUUUGCGAUUCAGUUUGUGGUAUCGGCGGUGCUGGAGCACAAGAAAGUGCUCUGGAUAGACACCGCGAGCUGCGUCCCUCUUGCUCGAAUCCUGGCCGCGUUACCGACAGAGUACACCCAAGAUCCUGCAUUACUGGACAGAUAUGUGAAGCAUCUGCAACUAUCCUCGCUGCCGCACUUGCUGAUCUUUGUCAUGCGACCACCAGAGUACCUCAAAGACUUUGACCUCGUGAUAAUCGAUGAUAUAGCAACACCUUUAUUAGCAGGCUUUGCGUUCUUCGUCGCAAAACCAGCGAGCAGGACGCCAGUCGAGGCCAACGGGCGAGUCUCUCGAGCAGAAGACCACGGCACCAAACGUGCCCGUGCGGCCGCCGAGCUCGUGAGUUCGAUCUCGCGACUUGCUGCGCAGCAUAAUUCGGCUGUAUUACUGCUGAGCAAGAUGGUCUCGCGGAUCGUCAAGGGCCAGAGAGCGAGACUGGUCAGUGUUUUGGGCGAGGAAGGAGAUGGCGGGAGCGCGGCGACAACUGCGGCAAGUAUAUGGACGAGGAUAUGUUUGUUCAGAAACGACAUCCUGCUCGAAGUCGACGAGGCUUCGUCCACGCAAGGAACGCAAUCUACCUCGUCGUCGUCGCUGUCUAGGAAACGGAGAUACGUGAUCCGAGGCGUGCCACACGCAUGCGCAGUCAAAUGCGCAAACGUGACCUACCAAAACGCCUCGCUCUCUGUCUUCCGCAUCGUCGAAACCGGAAUCGCAAACACUGAUCAGUGGUUUGAAACAUAUGCGUCGGUUGAAGCAAGUCAGAAGCGCGUGGCCGAGGUCAGUAGUCUGCUCGGGGCUUCGCCGAAGCGGAAGAUUGCGCGCAGGUUUGAUGAGGGUACUGGGACUAGUAAGGAUAUUGCGUCAUGCGGAUUUCUUUCUGCAAAGGGGAGACCCGCGACAGAAGAGGAGACACAGCAAAGAGACAACGAAGCAAGAAAUGAUCCACAAGACAGCUUCCAUGAGAUGGAAAACCUAUCAGAGGAAAGCAUACCUACAAGCCAAGCAGAGACCUUGCUUGAGGCCGAAACCUCGCUCAAUUCAUCGAUUUUACAGACAGACAUUAAAUCCCGGGAAGUCCCGGAUAGCGAGGACGAGGAUGGCGCAGAUUGGUCGGAAAUAGACGUGGCAGAUUUACUCAGUUGAUAAUAACAUUUUCUCUUUACUACUUCCGUUGCAUUAUUAAAAGAUAUUGAACCUCAAAGAAUACAUUAAAGAUACCAUUAAUUUAAAGGAGA